UAUAAUCUGGAGAGCGAUUGACCAUAUUACUGUUCCUUUUCUGUAUCGCCUUCAAUGGUGACGAAAGCCAAAGCCAAAACCAAAACCAAAACCAACUGAGCCAAAACUGAACGGCGCUGUUGUUAGGGUUUACUACGCGUACCCAAUCCUUUAACGUCAUCGUAUAAGCCGUUGCUUCCAAUUGGAAUGGGAUGGUGACGCUUCCAAUUGACCGUUAUUGCUGAGAAUUAUAAAUUGUCUCGGUUCUGCAAGUGUGGGUGGAUAUAUAUUUCAUAACCAAUAAUGGAGAUACAGACUUGUGGCAAACCAAUUGAUUCUUUGCUAGAAAAAGUUCUCUGUAUGAACAUUCUUUCUUCUGAUUACUUCAAAGAGCUUUACCGGUUGAAGACAUACCAUGAGGUGAUAGAUGAAAUUUAUAAUCAAGUUGAUCACGUGGAACCAUGGAUGACUGGAAACUGCCGUGGUCCUUCAACAGCAUUCUGUCUUCUUUAUAAGUUUUUUACUAUGAAACUCACUGUCAAACAAAUGCAUGGCCUCUUAAAGCACCCAGAUUCUCCUUACAUUAGAGCAAUUGGAUUCCUGUACUUGAGAUAUGCUGCAGAUCCAAAGACAUUAUGGAGUUGGUUUGAUCCAUAUGUUAAAGACGAAGAGGAAUUCUCUCCUGGAUCCAAUGGAAGAAUGACCACGAUGGGUGUAUAUGUUCGUGAUUUGCUUCUUGGACAGUACUACUUUGAUACCCUUUUUCCCCGCAUCCCUGUUCCUGUACUGCGCCAAGUUGUAGCUAAUCUUGAGAAGUUGAACCUCCCCUCCAAGCAUUGUGGUGUAACUGGGGAUACCAACCGGCAUGGAUCUGAUGACACUGCUCGUCGGCCACCCUCUGUCAAAGCUGCACUUUCUGUCUCUUUUGGUCAGCGUGCUCCUCAUCGUGCUUCUACCAGGGACUCAUCACCUGUUCGUCGUACCAUACCACCGGCCCCUCUUGAUAGAGCCAGCAGUGAUGAUCUACAAAGAUCUCCUCGGAGCCAUCGCAGCCAGAGUCGUGAAUACUCUGAUAGAGAUUAUUCAGACAGGGAUCGAGACAGAGAUAGAGACAGGGAUCGAGACCGUUAUCGGAAUCGAGAAAGAGAAAGGGAUCUGGAGCAGGAUCGAGAAAGGGACAAGGAUCGGGUUCGAGAUCGAGAAAGGGAUAGAGACAGGGAGAGGGACAGAGUCAGGGAUAGAGAUAGGGACCGGGAGAGGGACAGAGAGCGGAGUUAUGAUUAUGAUCGAAGGUCCAAAUAUGCAGAGAGGGAAAGCAGAAGGGAGCAUGAGAGGAGCAGCCGUGAUGAUGGUAGGCAUUAUAAUAGUAGGAGUAGAAGUAGGAGCAGGAGCAGAAGUCAGAGCUUGCAAGCUGGCAUUGCACAGACCGGUCGUCCUUCAAGUCCACAAAGAGAUGGGAGCAAGGAGAAGACAUCGGUAUCUAGCAAUUUGGCUAAACUUAAGGAUCUCUACGGUGAUUUAGGCAAUCAAACAGGCGAUGCUAGCAUGGUAAGGAUUCCUACGAGGGAUAAUGGUGGUGAAGAAGUAAUUAGACUCGGUGGUUCUACUUGGAAAUAGUGCGAAGUGGUUCUCAUGCAAUUCCUGUGUAUCAGAUGUGUCAUUGAAGUCUUUAAGGAGGACAGCUCCUUGUGUUUGGAUCAACAAAGCAAACGCCUUCAUGACUUGGUUCUCUCUCUUUCUCUCUCUCUUUUCGAGUAGAUGUAGAUUGAUGGAUACCAGCCAUGUAUUCCAUGUGUGCUUUUGCAAGGCUGGAUGUACAUUAGAUGUUAUUCAGUUUUUGUUUUGGGUACUGCUUACAUUCUAUUUAAUGCUUCAUAAUUGGAUAAUUGUUUUGGAGUCUUCUGUGGAACAUGUAAUACUAUAUCUAACUGAUUAAAUUGUGGAAGACUACUUUUGACUCUCA